AUGCCUACCCUCGGCUUUCUCAAGAAAAAAAGGACGAGGGAGGGCAAUCAAGACCCUCAAGGCGGCUCCAGUCAACCCACCAGCCCGGUAACGCCUACCUCCUCGAAGCCCUUCGACAGCUCCAUCUCGACCACCAUCUCCUCACUGUCCUCUAGCCCUCAACACGGGCUGAAGCAAAGCGACGACUCGGCCUCGUCCGAGGCGGCGAAGCAGCAGCAGCAGAUGUAUCCUGUCACUGUCCACCCGCCCAAUCAGCCAGCAGCUCACCAACCGUACUACAAUCAGCAAGCUGGAUCGCAACAUCAUAUCCCAAGUAUCAACAACCUAAUCAACUCCACGCAACAAGACGCUUCGAACAACGGCCACAACUACCUAGCGCAGCCGUCCCAACCCUCCCAGCCAAACCCGAGCUCUGGAACCGAUUCCGCGCGACUCCAACAACAGCAAGCCCAAUCAAUGCUACACCCGCCGCUGCAGCAACAACAACAACAACAACAGCAACAGCAACAGCUGCAGAAGCAGUUCGGCAUGCAGCAACAAGCAGCGGACCAGCAGGUCCGUCAGACCAAGGGGAAAUACACGUUGACCGACUUUGAUAUCCUGCGGACGCUAGGAACUGGUAGUUUUGGAAGAGUGCAUCUGGUGCAGUCGAAGCACAACCAGCGCUUCUAUGCCGUCAAGGUACUGAAGAAGGCGCAGGUCGUCAAGAUGAAGCAGGUUGAGCACACCAAUGACGAGAGGAAGAUGCUGGGCGAGGUCAAACACCCGUUCCUGAUCACGUUAUGGGGCACGUUCCAAGAUUCCAAGAAUCUGUAUAUGGUGAUGGACUUUGUCGAAGGCGGUGAGCUGUUUUCGUUGCUGAGGAAAUCUGGGCGCUUCCCCAACCCUGUUGCGAAGUUUUAUGCCGCCGAAGUCACGUUAGCGCUCGAAUACAUGCAUUCGAGAAACAUCAUCUACAGAGAUCUCAAACCCGAGAACCUGCUGCUCGACCGGCAUGGGCACCUUAAGAUAACAGAUUUUGGUUUCGCCAAGCGCGUGCCGGACAAGACGUGGACGCUUUGCGGCACCCCCGACUACCUGGCGCCUGAGGUCGUUUCGAACAAGGGUUACAACAAAUCCGUAGACUGGUGGUCUCUUGGGAUCUUGAUAUACGAGAUGCUGUGCGGGUACACGCCGUUUUGGGACAGCGGGUCGCCGAUGAAGAUCUACGAAAACAUCCUCAAGGGCAAGGUGAAAUACCCUGCCUACAUCAACCCGGAUGCGCAGGAUCUACUGGAGAAGCUGAUCACGGCGGAUCUCACCAAGCGGCUGGGUAACCUGUACGCCGGUCCAAACGAUGUCAAGAACCACCCGUGGUUCGCGGAGGUUACGUGGGACAGACUGGCCCGCAAGGACAUCGAUGCACCCUACACGCCCCCGGUCAAGGCCGGCGCGGGUGACGCGAGCCAGUUCGAUAGAUACCCAGAAGAUCCCGAACGAUACGGCUCAGCCGGACAUGACGAAUACGGCCAUCUAUUCAACGACUUCUAA